AUGGCUACUCACUAUACAAGAAAGCGGUUGCAAAUUCAAAUUGUGCUCUAUGUGAGAUUGUUAAUGCCAGGCGACGAUUCUACUUUUGCGAGCCAUUCAAAUGCAACACGCUCUAUUCAGGACGAAGCAUUUUUGAAAUUUCCCCGAUCUGAGCUGCGUUUUGCUGGAAGCUCAGAGAGCGCAUAA